AUGGAUAACCUGGGAAGACAGUUUCCGUUCGGGUUCAGUCCUGAAAGACCGAAGCUGGAGGAAAACUCUGACCAACAAUAUCGACAAUACCAGCAGCCAUACCAAGGUCCAAAUCGUCCUCCUCAAGGCCCUCCGCCUGCUGGUUUCCAGUCUCAGAUUCCGUCUUCGAUCCUGCCAUAUCAACAACAACCAAGGCCCUAUUAUCAACAGUUUCAAUACUACCCGCCACAACAAACACCUUCUGCCCCUGACAGCCAAAACUCAAGUAGGACAAAUGUUCCUCAUUUAUCUGCUCCUUACCAGGCUCCUUCUGUUUUGAACCAGGGCCCGCCUGUGCCUCCUGUACCUCCAAUGGCUCAUGUGCCUCAAGGACCCCCAGUGCCCCAAAUGCCUGUCUCCCUACCGCCUCAUCAAGCUCUGUCAAAGAAUAUGGGUUACCCGGUAUCUCAAGAGAUGUUUCUGCUGUAUCCAUUACCUGACCAGCCCGGUAUCCCACUCGAUACACCACCAUCGAGGUCUAGCGAUAUCGUACACAAGAUAAGGGCCUCAGAGCCUACCCAAGAGGAGUUUGUUGACCAUCUUAAGAUGCUCACAACCAGAGCUGCCGGCAUCCCUUUAUCCCAAUUGGCUCAUAAGAUUAAGAUGCUAGAAUCCGGUAAUCCCAACAUCGAUACCGAUCCCCUCUUUAAAACUUUGAAUAAUGCCAAAGACAUAAAACAGGAAAGACAUCAUCAACUUUAUGGAAUGGCUUGGGUUCAGAGCAUGUGUGAAUCCUCACCCACAGCAGUAGUCCCUCGAAACAGAGUUUACGCCCGCUAUGUGCUGCUGUGUGCUAACAAUAAUCUUAAUCCAUUAACCCCUGCCAGUUUUGGCAAAAUAAUUCGCAUAUUGCAUCCUAAUCUUAAGACUCGUCGUCUUGGAAUGCGUGGGAAAUCAAAGUAUCAUUAUUGUGGUAUCAAACUUUUAGAUGACCACUCACUGGAUAACUCUGGCCUGUCGGCCUCCUCGCCAGCAGGUUCAGAAUCUCCACAAUCAGGAAACCCACAAACUCCAACAUAUUCUAGAUCGCCUUCGAUUCCUAGCGGUAGAGGCACCCCUAUCCAUUCUGCCGCCGUUCGUGAGGCCUUCGUGGUAAAUGGCUUUAAGUAUAUUCCCAACUUGUUCUCUUUAAUUGAUCAGUCGAUGGGCCCGGAAUGGAUGGCACAACCCUUCACCUUACCACCUAUUCAUGACUAUCUACCGAAGGACCUGGAUGUGGAUUACGAUAUUGCCGAAACUUUGCAUUCGCUUUAUCGCGUUCAUUGCAUGUCUAUCUUUGAAACUUUAAGAUACAUGCAAGUGGAGAAAAUGUUAUCGCUCUUUGCUCCCUUUUUUGCUGUCUUAACUACUCCAGUCUUUAGACUUUUCACGGCUGAGUCUACUUUGGAAUGGGUGAAGGCGUCGGAUUUGGCCAUGUAUAGAGCGAUGCUCAAAAUGUUGACCAGAUUACAACUAGAAUCUGUUCCAGAUGAAAUCAUGGCUCCUUUGAAACUUAUUGUGAAAGAGUUUGUCAACAAGCUUUCAACUACCCUCCAAUCCAAAUUCCCGCAGAACUUCGUACAAAUGAAGUUGACAACAGCACGGCAGUUUAUAUCCAUGGUACGGAGGUUUGUCCGUUGUGUUGAAAACGGAACCUCUGCAUCGAAGGUUCUCUCUAAUCAAACAGAAAGAUCCCUCAUGCUUAAUGAUUGGCUACGAGUGGACACAUUUGAGAUCCUUCUCAGGGAAGUACCAUGUGCCACGGAAAACAUGGAUUUGUUCAAUGAGAUUUUCAACGACAGAAUUAUCAAGCUUUUUGAAGAGGAGUCUCCACAGGCUAACUCGCUCAAGGCAAGCGGGCUCGCACCCUACGCCGCCUUUCUUCUGGAACUUCCUGCCAAGUUCCCAGAUACCACACCAUGGCUCUUUCAACUUGUAUGUUCAAAUUUACUAACCACAUGUCUUCGUGAGAUGAGUUUAGCCGGAGGGCAGAGUUUUGGUUCCUGGUGGGUGUUUCGAUGCUGGGCUGAUGAGUACGUCAAUUGGUUCUUUGAGCUCGGUGGUUACCUUGCAGACGAACUUGAGUCCUCCAUGCCUCAGAACCCUGAGGAAGAGGAGCUUCCAACACAAGAUUUGGAAUCUACAAGCGCCAGCUGGGCAUUUGAACCAGUCGUGACUGAGAGUCUACGCUCGUCUAGUUUCGUCGAUUUGCUAGACAGGCCAAAUGGAGACAGCAAAUCGUAUUCUGAGACCGAGUGGUUUUAG